CAUUUGAGUCUGUCUCUCUGUCUCUCUCUCUCUCUCCGCCUUCUCUCAUAUCGCAGCUCAAAUACCGACCGCCCGCUCCAUUCGCGCGAGAUUCAGGGGGCCGGAAUCCCGCGCGAGAUCUCAGUCGUCCGAUCGUCCCGUGCCCCCUCAUGCAGACCAGCUCCAUGAAAAUCUCGCCGUUCGAACUCAUGUCCGCGAUCAUCACCGGGAAAUCGAACAUACCGUCGGAUUCCGGCGUGGCGAUCUUCAUCGAGAACCGGGAGUUGCUGAUGAUCCUGACCACGGCGGUCGCAGCCCUGAUCGGAUUCUUUGUCUUCAUCUGGCGGAGAUCGAAUGGUCAGAAAUCGAGCAAAGCGGCGGAGGCCCCGAAGCCGUUGAUCGUGAGGGACCAGGCGCCGGAGCCGGAGGUCGACGAUGGGAAGAAGAAAGUGACGAUCUUCUUCGGCACGCAGACAGGAACGGCGGAAGGAUUCGCGAAGGCGCUGGCGGAAGAGGCGAGAGCGCGGUACGAGAAAGCCACCUUCAGAAUUGCUGAUCUGGAUGAUUAUGGAGCCGAUGAUGAUGAAUAUGAAGAGAAGAUGAAGAAAGAAACGAUAGCGUUUUUCUUUCUAGCAACUUAUGGAGAUGGUGAGCCAACGGACAAUGCUGCGAGGUUCUAUAAAUGGUUUACGGAGGGUAAAGAAGAGAGUGGUAAUUGGCUUCAGAAUCUUCAGUAUGGCGUGUUUGGGCUGGGUAACCGGCAGUACGAGCAUUUUAAUAAGAUUGCAAAGGUAGUGGAUGAGCUGAUCACUGAGAGGGGUGGGAAGCGCCUUGUUCCUGUGGGUCUAGGAGAUGAUGAUCAAUGCAUUGAGGAUGACUUUACUGCAUGGCGAGAGCUGGUAUGGCCCGAGUUGGAUCAGUUGCUUCGGGAUGAAGAUGAUGCAUCGGGUGCUUCGACCCCUUACACUGCAGCCAUACCUGAAUACCGAGUUGUAUUUUAUGACCCUGAGGAUGCAACACUACAGGAAAAGAAUUGGAGUAUUGCGAAUGGCCAUGCUGUUCAUGACAUUCAACAUCCAUGCAGGGCUAAUGUGGCUGUGAGGAGGGAGCUUCACACUCCUGCUUCUGAUCGUUCUUGCAUUCAUCUGGAAUUUGACAUAUCUGGGACAGGACUUGUGUAUGAAACAGGGGACCAUGUUGGUGUUUACACUGAGAAUUGUAUUGAAACUGUUGAGGAGGCAGAAAACUUAUUAGGUUAUUCGCCAGAUACUUUCUUCUCCAUCCACACGGAGAAAGAGGAUGGAACGCCCAUCAGUGGAAGCUCCUUGCCACCACUGUUUCCGUCUCCUUGCACAUUGCGAACUGCACUUGCUCACUAUGCAGAUCUUCUGAAUUCCCCAAAGAAGGCUGCUCUACUUGCAUUAGCUGCUCAUGCUUCUGACCCCAGUGAAGCUGAACGUUUGAGAUUUCUUGCGUCUCCUGCCGGAAAGGAUGAAUAUGCACAAUGGAUAGUUGCAAAUCAGAGAAGCCUUCUAGAAGUCAUGGCCGAAUUUCCUUCAGCCAAGCCGCCUCUUGGAGUUUUCUUUGCAGCGAUAGCUCCUCGCUUGCUGCCAAGAUAUUAUUCGAUCUCUUCCUCUCCAAAGAUGGCUCCAUCUAGGAUUCAUGUCACAUGUGCGUUAGUGUAUGGACCAACACCAACAGGAAGGAUUCACAAAGGCAUAUGCUCCACUUGGAUGAAGAAUUCGGUGCCUUUGGAGGAAAGUCAUGACAGCAGCUGGGCACCAGUCUUUGUGAGGCAAUCGAACUUCAAACUUCCCGCAGAUUCUUCUGUGCCAAUCAUCAUGAUUGGUCCUGGCACAGGAUUGGCACCCUUUAGAGGGUUCUUGCAGGAAAGACUUGCUCUGAAAGAAGCUGGGGCAGAACUGGGCCCCUCCAGCCUCUUCUUUGGCUGCAGGAACCGCAAAAUGGACUUCAUCUAUGAGGAUGAGUUGAAUGGCUUUGUUGAAGCUGGCGUGCUUUCCGAGCUGAUUGUUGCUUUCUCGCGUGAGGGGCCAACCAAGGACUAUGUGCAACACAAGAUGGUGGAGAAGGCUUCCGAAAUCUGGAAUGUAAUCUCCAAGGGUGGUUAUAUUUACGUCUGUGGUGAUGCCAAAGGCAUGGCCAAGGACGUCCAUCGGGUUCUCCACACAAUAGUCCAGGAGCAGGGAUCUUUGGAUAACUCCAAGACAGAGAGCUUUGUGAAGAAUCUGCAGAUGGACGGGAGGUAUCUGCGUGAUGUAUGGUGAUUUCCUUUCGCAGUCUCUAUAUGUAAGACAUGUAGAAUAUUUGCAGGAGAAUUACUGCCGUAAUUAUACAGUGACCAUGAAAAAAAAAAAAAGAAGAGAGAAGGUAAAAGUUUACGGAGAGGGGCAUUAUUCUCUUGUGCGCCCCUCCCGCAGCCCUUCACUGCUACAGGAAUGUCUGUAUGUCGUUAUCAAUCAUCCUUUAAUCCAUGAUUCUUUUCUUUUCCUCCCAUGUGACAAGGAUUUUGUUCCUGUAAUCUUAUACAUAAAAGAAUUUAUUUGGGGCGGAUUUGUUAAAAAUAAGUUCCUUUGUCGUA